AUGUCCGUUGGACCUGCAAGUAGUCGCCAUGCCGCCGAUGAAGAGGCUCGCGCCGAGGUCGAUGUGCUUAACUCGAGGCUCGAGAAGACCUCCCAACUGACCAAGAAGAUCCAAGCAUGCAUGGGAAGGUUAGAGUCUACCGGCAAGAGCGUACGCGAAGUCGCUGGUCCCUUGAGUGGAGAGACCAAGAAGCUUCAGGUCCUGGGCAACAACAUCGAUGCCGUUCUCGCAGCCAUUGAGCGGCUUCGCCAACCUGCCGAUAGCAAGAACGACGAAGAGCAAAUCAUCCGAGCUGGUCCCGACAAGUCUGGUCUUUCCAACUACCUGGCCUCGAUCAAGCGACUGUCCAAGGCCCUCGCCGACAUGCAGGCCUCUAACCUGCGAGCGAACCAACAGACGAUGGCAGAGCUAGUCCGCUUGAUUAAGUCGGGUAACUCGCAACUUGAGGGCCAUUUCGACAAAUUACUCCGGGGAGAGACGCCUCGCUCGGUAGAGCCGCUCCAUUACAUCACGAAGGACAUGCCAUUCCCAGUUCUGUCCCAAGACAAGGUUGCGCGCUUAGGCCUGGUCAAUUCGUACAUCUCGGGCAAUCAUCGCCAGAGCGGCGGCAGUGCUGCUCCUCAAGAUUCGUCGACGGCCAAGAUUUACGCCGAAAUACGCGGCCCUUACCUUUCGUCUACGUUGGCCAACCUGGCCGCCGCUAGCGUUAAUACGACCAAGAAGAAGAAUCCCGACGCCAUCUAUCGCGCUGGCACCAACGGCAUCGGCACAUACGCGCAGGCCAUGGAAGGUCUCUUUCUUGCCGAGUACGAUAACAUCUGCAGUAUCUUCACGCGUGAGGACUGGGGCCCUCUGUUCCAGGCCACAUGCCAGGCCGCCAUGGCCGAGCUUGCCCGCACCCUGCGAGAGUUGAAUAGCCAUAUCAAGGGUCACUUAAAUACAGAUUGCUACCUCGCUUACGAGAUCACCGAGAUAAUGUCGGGCUUGUCGAGCAACUUGGAAACACGUACUGGCGAGCUCAAAUCAUCGCUUGCUGCAGCACUCCGGCCUGUACGGGAGACUGCGAAAGUGUCGUUGGGAGAGCUGUUGGACGACACGAGACGAAGGAUCACUGCCAUGCAAGCACUUCCUCAAGACGGCGCACCGAUACCCAUCGUGUCCGAGACCAUGCAGCGUCUACAGACCAUGGUGGAGUUCUUGCGGCCAAUCUCAAGUAUCAUGUUCUCCUUGGGUGACGGGGGAUGGAAAAGCAACGCUGCUACCGACGGACGGUCCACCGAUGCGAUUCCAAGUCUCGCCUCCUUUGACAUUGGUGCCGACGGCAAGGAAAUUUUUUCCCAUUACUGCUCGGACACGGUCGAUAUGCUUAUGACAUCGCUUGAUCAGAAGGCCAGAUUGGUUCUCAAGGGUGGCCGGGCUGUCAUUGGUGUGUUCUUGGCCAAUAGUGUUGUCAUUAUUGAACGAAUGAUCCGCGACUCGGACCUCGCGCCUCUUCUUGAGGGACGGAUGGGAAUGUUGGACCAGUGGCGCAAGAAGGCGACAGGCAUGUACACCAUGGACUGUAAAGAGGUGUCGACGCACUUGUUUGAUGUCAUCCACACAAGCAAGCAACGGCCCACGUCGGGCCAGGCCGACUCGGCUUCUAUUCUCAAGGGCCUGAGCAGCAGGGACAAGGAUAACAUCAAGGGCAAGUUCCAGGCGUUCAACGCCUCCUUUGACGAGAUGGUCAGCCGGCACAAGACAUACAAUAUGGAACGGGAGGUGAGACAGAUAUUCGCCCGGGACAUUCAGCAGAUGCUUGAACCCUUGUACAACCGUUUCUGGGACCGAUACCACGAGGUUGACAAGGGCAAAGGCAAGCACGUCAAGUACGACAAGGCCGGAAUAGCCGCCGUCUUUGCGACGCUCUACUAG